GUACUUCUGAUCGAGAGAAAAGUGGCAUAGGACCAGAUCUGGAAAUUUUCUUAUGUAGUUUUCCUCAAUAAAAAGGAACACUUCUUGCAAAUCUUUGUAUACAAGUGUACUUCGGUAGCAACCUCAAGGAACAUCUCUCCUGUCCUCCAUUUAUUGAAUAUGCACUAUGGAACAUGUUGGAGAAUAUGAAACACACCCCAUGUCAUCACACAUGUACUGUGUGGAGAGACAAGUAUAUAGCCAAGGAAUCCUACAAGAGCAGCUGCAUAAAAAGGACAAAACGCCUCAGCCUCUUGGUCAAAAGAUAGCACAUUCUCUUCGCUGUUCUUCCAAGAAAGCCAAAUCUGUUCUCUAUAGCUUUUUCCCUAUUCUAACAUGGCUUCCUCACUAUCCUGUGAAAGAGUAUUUAAUGAAAGAUGUGAUCUCAGGGAUCAGCACGGGGGUCAUGCAGCUCCCUCAAGGAUUAGCAUAUGCAUCGCUGGCUUCAGUCCCUCCAGUGUUUGGCCUGUAUUCUUCAUUUUAUCCAGUCUUUCUGUAUACUUUUUUUGGAACUUCCAGACAUAUAUCAAUAGGAACAUUUGCCGUGAUCAGCUUGAUGAUUGGUGGAGUGGCAGUCAGAGAAGUACCGGAUGGACCGUUUGACAUGACGGGCACCAACUCUACCAACGGUACAGAUGCCAGAGAUGCCAUGCGGGUGAAAGUAGCGGUGGCAGUCACUUUGCUGUCUGGAAUUAUACAGUUUUGUUUAGGACUCCUUCGUUUUGGAUUUGUGGCCAUUUACCUCACGGAGCCUCUGGUACGUGGAUUCACAACUGCAGCAGCUGUCCAUGUGUUUACUUCUCAGUUGAAGUAUCUGCUUGGAAUUAAUAUCAAACGAUACAGUGGUCCCCUCUCUGUUCUUUAUAGUUUGAUUGCCGUUUUCUCCAAUAUCACCAAAACUAACACGGCCACUUUAGUUGUUGGACUCCUCUGCAUAGUUCUAUUGCUGAGUGGCAAAGAGAUCAAUGACCGCUUUAAGAAGAAGUUGGUGGUUCCUAUUCCAAUGGAGAUCAUUGUGGUGGUGAUUUGUACUGGAGUUUCAGCUGGAAUGAAUCUUUCCAAGACUUAUAACGUCGAUAUUGUUGGGAACAUUCCCAGUGGAUUAUCCCGUCCCCAAAUACCUGAUGUUAGCCUCAUCCCAGCAGUGUUUGUCGAUGCAGUUGCUAUAGCUCUUGUUGGGUUUUCCAUGACCAUCUCAAUGGCUAAAAUCUUUGCUCUUAAGCAUGGCUAUACAGUUGAUGGAAAUCAGGAACUCAUUGCAUUAGGGAUCUGUAAUUCCACAGGAUCCUUUUUCCAGACUUUUGCUGUCACUUGCUCAAUGUCUCGGAGUCUUGUUCAGGAGGGCACUGGAGGAAAGACUCAGGUUGCAGGUACUCUGUCCUCAGUCAUGGUUUUCUUGGUCAUUAUUGCCAUUGGUUACCUCUUUGCACCAUUGCCACAGACUGUGCUGGCAGCAAUUGUAAUGGUCAAUCUGAAAGGCAUGUUCAAACAAUUUGGAGAUAUUGCCCACUUUUGGAGAACCAGCAAGAUUGAACUGACAAUUUGGAUUGUAGCUUUUCUAGCCUCCGUUUUUCUGGGACUAGACUAUGGCUUACUCACUUCGAUCACUUUUGCAGUAAUUACCAUUGUGUACAGGACCCAGAGCCCCCAGUAUAGAAUCCUUGGCCAGAUUCAUAACACAGAUAUUUAUUGUGAUGUGGAAGCAUAUGAAGAGGUAAAAGAAUGCCCUGGAAUUAAAAUAUUCCAGGCAAAUGCCCCACUCUAUUUUGCCAACAGUGAAUUAUAUACGAGUGCAUUGAAGAAAAAGACUGGUGUUGAUCCCUGUAAAAUAUUGGCAGCAAAGAAAAAAGCGCAGAAAAGACAUGCAAAGGAACUGAAGCGCUUGGAUGAGCAGAAGAAGAAAGCAGUUUUGAAGAUGACGAAUGAUGUGGAGCAUGGUGUGAAACAUGAAGUGUUGCAAGAUGAAGUGUCACUUAAUGGAAAAUUCUCAGUGGCAGAAGCAACUCCCCAGGAUUUCUCUCCUGAUGAACUGGAACAUUUUAUGGUAUCAGGGAUCAACAUUCACUCAAUCAUUCUGGAUUUUUCACCUGUGAACUUUGUGGAUUCAGUUGGAGCAAAAGCCCUUCAAUCAAUUAUAAAAGAAUAUGAAGAAAUUGGCAUUUCAGUCUAUAUAACUGCCUGCAAUGGGUCUGUUAUGGACAACCUCACUAGACUGCACUUUUUUGAGAAAGCAGCUCUAAGAGACUUGUUCUUUCCAAGUAUUCAUGAUGCUGUCCUCACCAGUCAGCUGAUGGGCCUCUCUUCCACGUACCUUUAAAUGUGUUGAGCUGAGCUCCUAGAUCAUAAACGAUAUGGACCUACGUGAACUUCCAAGGGCUCUUCUAGACAUUUAUUUAAUUUGCACAGAUCGGACGGAGCCUAAGACUAGCCACUCCUAUGGGUAUGUGAGCCUGCACCACAACAGCCUGCUCCCUGCCAGCCCUCGGUUUGAGGACUCUGAAGCCUUAAUCCUUUCACACAUUGUACCUUUUCACUGAAUUCAAAAGUCGUUGAUGGAAAUGUGGGAUAAAUGCAAGCAUUUGUAGAGAACCUGAAGGCUUGUCUAUUUUGCUGCAUGUGUUUUGCAGUUUUCUUUGUGGUUGUGGUUGAAUAACGGGCCAGAAAAAUAUUAAUGCACUGUGUUGUUUUUUUGUAAACAGUGUAUUCCUGGCAAGAAUUGGACGAUUGUUGAAUGGAGCAGUGUGUGUGUUUGUGUCUGUGUGUGUGACAGAGAGAAUGAUUGCUCCUCUAACUUGAAAACGUCAACUACGUUUCCAGAUUUUCAAUGCAGAAAAAUGGUUUUUCAUCUGAUGACUACUAAGAUAAGCAUGAGCCUAUGGUUUUAUAACUGUUUCUUUUUGAACCAUGAGCAAUUUAGCUCUAUUUUUUAAAUUAUUGUUAUGACUCAAGAGUAAUACAUCAUUUUCACAUUGAGAAAGUUAUUGUGCUGAUUCAAUGCUAAUCUUAAGUAAGGUUUAUUUAAAUUUAGCUGGGAAUGAACAAAAGACAACACAAUAGUGCAGCUAGUUUAGGGAAGAGAAAAAAGCCUAGCACACAGGUUAACAGCCCCCAAUCCACUUUUUACAGCUAAAGUUAGCUAGAUAUAGUUACUUCAGCUAACCAUAAGUAGUCUUGAAGAGAAGAAAAGGAGAAACAACAUUUCCCAAAGUAUGGGAUCAUGUUUAUUAUAUUUACUAUGCUCUGACACGUUUUUAACUAAGUCACAAAAAUACUGUUCCAAAAAUCUUACGUCACUCGACUCCUGAGUAAAUCAGUCUCUUGAGACGAUUCCCAGAGCAAUGCAGGAUCAGCGAACAAGCAUAACAAUUUAUGUCCUGUUUUCCAGCUGAUGGUUGCAAAGGGACAGUCUGUUUUGUUCACUAGAAUGCAGCUGGAUGUCCUAUGCAGCUUUAUUUCAAUAGUGCUUCCUCUCAGGUAGAUAUACACAGGGUUGCAACAUUACCACUACGAUGCAGCCGAACAUAAUCACUUUUAAUGGGGAAAUUGAGCACGGGCUUUAAUUUCUCCCACUGUACUGAAUAGGCCUUAAGCAUCCAGGGUUCCCCCACCCCCCAAUAACAGCUCCUGCCUUUUCACUAAUAUUGCCAAACUGCUAUUGCCCUGCGCUAGAGUAUUAUUGUUAGACAAACAGGUUUUUCUUCCAUAGUAUGUUUAAACCCAAGAAUAUCGGUAUGUCUAUUAAAGGCUGUUCACAAGCAUUCCUUUAUAUCUACAAUCCUGAACCAAGCCUAUAAUGUUGAUAGCUGAAGGCUUGUCCAUCAAAAGCCAUUUCAUUUAGCAUCAGUUUAUAAACUUCAUUGGUUAUCUAAUAUAUACAGGUUUCUAGAAAUAGAAUUUUGAGCCAUUCAGUUCCCCACACACACACCCCUUUAACAGAGUUGCUUCUUACCUAUGUUGUACAAAGGAUGCGUAACUCCCAUACACUGCCUGUUUUCCCAUGUUAUAUUUAAGAGAACUAGCCUUUUGCAGCAUAUGUGAAUUGCUAGAGUGCUUGUUGACUAAUGCUAGAAUGCACUGUGAAUAUAUAGGUAAUAAUUCUGAUAUCUUUGCAACAUAAAUCUGGACUUUUUGUGUUUGUGUCUGCAUUUAGGACAAUAUAUUCUUUCAACCACCUGCUUAGGGCGAAGUCCUGUUGCUUUUUUAUAACCCAACAUUUCGUUCAAAUAUGAGUCAAAAGUUAAACUUCUAAAUAAAAUAAAAUGUCAGAAGAUAAAUCUUGAAA